AUUACAAAGAAAAGAGGUCCUACUACUCGUGCAAGUUAAACAUAAUGCGUGACAACUAUCCAGUAUUAUAGCCAAUAGUAGGGUCUUUUUCCCCUACGUUGCCAUUUUCCCUAGAAGAGUCUAUCAUGCUAAGUACAGUUUUGCACUUGUACGUACAUUGUUCUAAAUGUAUUUUACAUUGUUGAUUUUUUUAUUUUUUUUUUUUUUUUUUUUUUAAAAAGUUUGUAUAUAAGCAAUUGAAUUUGAAGUAUAGUCAUUUAGCGCGUGCCUGCGUUAAACAUGAUAUGUGAUUGGUAGAAAAGUAGAUACAUGUAUUCAAGCUAGUGGUCCAAUUAGAAAAGGAUGUGAGGCAAAGAUGAAAGAGAGAGAAAGAUAGAAGCCACUAAAUUGCGCACGCGAAGUAGAGGGAGAAAGAUAGAGAUCACCGCCAAUAUGAUUGCUACGUUCACUUGUUCUCAGUAGUAAAGCAAAGUUCGCCGAGAGGAGUGGUUCAUCGUACAUUUGGAGCGAAACACAAACUCGAAGAAGCAAUUCUUACUUGUUUUCACAUAUACUGUAGUUGUGAAUCAAAUUUUGUGUCUCUGAAAGAUGGCAACAACCAAAGACGAUAGCACCGACAGUGUACAGUUCUUCGAAGGCGUGGAAAAACUGCUUGAGAUUUGGUUCACCAGCAGCAGUAGCAUAAACAGAAAGCAGGGCGAUCUCAGGCAAAUUCCACAAUGGAAAUGGCAGUCGUUGCUGAAGAUUGUUCGUUGCGAGAUAAUCAGUAUUUGCCGCACAGAGCAAGUGGACGCUUAUGUUCUCAGUGAAAGCAGCAUGUUCCUAUCAAAGCGCAGACUUAUUUUGAAAACAUGUGGUACAACUACGCCGCUUCAAUGUUUGGAACUGCUUUUAGAGCUUGUCAAAGAAUAUACCGGGUUUGAAGAAGUGGAGAAUGUAUUUUAUUCACGAAAAAAUUAUAAAAAACCGGAGUUACAGAUAUCCCCGCAUCAAGCAUUUGAAGAAGAAGUUGCUUUGCUUGAUACAUUCUUUCCUGAUGGGGAAGCUUAUUGUCUGGGCUCUGUAGAUUCAGAUUGUUGGUACUUAUAUACCCUGAAUAGAGAAAAAUCUGUAGACGAAACUCCAGAACCAGAUCAAACUCUAGAAAUCCUCAUGACUCAUUUGGAUCCAGAAGUAAUGGCUCUUUUCACUAGAGACGUGUGUUCUUCUGCGGAUGAAGCAACACAGAAGUCGGGAAUCGAUAAGCUUAUUCCAAAUAUGAUUAUAGACGACUUUUUGUUUGAACCUUGCGGAUAUUCGAUGAACGGAGUAUCCAAAAACGGAAAUUACAUGACUAUUCACAUUACACCAGAACCAGAGUUUUCAUACGUUUCAUUUGAGAGUAACAUUCCAGAAACAUCGUACGAGGAGAUAAUACGACGUGUGCUGAAUACGUUUAAGCCGCAAAAAUUUGUCGUUACCAUUUUUGCUAACAAAGAAUCUGUAGCUGCUAGUUGCCCACGUGAUUUGGAGCAAACUGAUUAUCUCAAAUGUUCUGGCGAUUGGCUGCGCACAGAUGUUCAAUAUUGCCGCUUCAAGAAUUAUGAUUUGACCUGUGCAUUUUACUCAAGAUUCCCAAGCUGAGGGUUCAUGGACGCUUCAUUCGAUCCUAAUCAGUUAGGAACAAAUGAAGCGCACACCAUCCCUUCGCAAACCUCAUUUUCUUUAUCCAAUUCCAUUAAUGAAGCAAAGAAAUAUAAUCAAUCUAUAAAACGUAUAUUAAAACCUGCAAGUAUUUACAAAAACCAUGAUCUUGUAUCUACUCAAUAUAUAAAACAUGAUAAUGAAAGAAAA